AUGAGCACGGAGAGCUUUGCAGAAUUCCUGAAUAAGCUCAAGGAAAUCCAUGAGAAGGAGGUCCAAGGUCUGCAAACAAAGCUAACGGAGCUGACGACGGAGAAAUGCCGUGAUGCCCAGCGGAUUGAAGAGCUGUUUGCAAAAAAUCACCAGUUAAGGGAGCAGCAGAAGGUCCUUAAGGAAAAUGUAAAAGUAUUAGAAAACAGGCUGCGCGCGGGUCUCUGCGACAGAUGCAUGGUCACCCAGGAACUGGCGAAAAAGAAGCAGAACGAGUACGAGACGUCCCAUUUCCAGAGCCUGCAGCACAUCUUCAUCCUCACUAACGAAAUGAACCGCCUGAAGGAAGAGAACAAAACUCUGAAGGAAGACCUGAAGAGGCUCCGAAGCCUGGAGGACAGGAUAAAGCACCCAGGAGUCAUCUCCAGAGAAAGCAGCUCCAGCCCCAGCUCCCCCUUGGCUUUGCUGUCCCCAGGGAGCAGGACUCCUGGCAGCGACAAAGCACCUCGGGGAGGUGCUGAAGAGGAGAACCGUGAUGUGCACCAUGAUGUGCACCAUGAUGUGCCCGGCCUCGAGCUGGCAGAAGAAAAGUCUACAGGACCACGAAACUCACCAAGCAGCAGGACCUCCCCAAGCACCGUCCUCCAAGAAACCGGCAUUGCAGAACUGACAUCCCAGAGGAUCUCCAACCAGCUACACGGAACCAUUGCCUUGGUGAGACCCGGCUCCAGACCAUGUCCCCUGGAAAGAAGUCCAAGAAGUCCUCCAAGAACUGCCCUGUCCCCAUCAGCGAGGAAGACCCCUCUCCCAGCGGAGCGUGAGCACAGCCCUGGCCUCGAGGCUUACGCAACAGCAAGCAACCCAGACUCCCCCAAGCUUGUUCCAUCCCACGAACACCUAAAGCUGAUGGCCAGGACGGAGCAGCUCUGCCUCCUCAACAAGCACUUCCCCCUGCACCAGCUGGGGCUGGCGCGGAGCUGCAGCCCUUCCGAUGGGGACGGCAGCUUCUCCAGCCGCUUCCUCGGGGCCAAAGAGGCCGGAGGGCCGCGCCGGGGGCGGCCGAGCCCUGUGGAGAACCUGGCAGCCCGGGGCUCCUGUGCGCGGCACCGGACAGAGUGGGAUGACUUGUGCCUCACCUACCGCCGCCUCCAAGCUGCCAGAGCCCAGCCUGGCGGCGUCAAGGAGGAGGAAGAGGAGGAGGAGGAGGAAGCUGUGGUGAAUGAUGAUGAUGCCGACUCUGGGAAGCAGGACUCGGAGGAGCCCGACACGACGGACAGCGAGGUGGCUGCCCCAUAUGAACACAACAUCCCCCAAGAAGCCCAAGCUGAAGGGAAAUAUUCUUGUGCCAAAGACAGAGCUCCUGCACUGCUAAAGAAGAGAAAAAGAGCACAGGAUGCCCGGACAAAAGCAUCGAAGAAGCUGCUCAAAGGAAGAAAGAAAGUCAAAGCGGAGGAGAGCUUGGCAGGGGCACCAGUGCCCACCAAGAGCCUGGAGAACUGCUCCGCUUCCCCCCGCGCCAGCCCCAAGGACAGCUAA